UCCCAAACAUUUUGGCCACCCCCUGUACAUCAUUAAAAAAAUAGGUUGUCUUACCUUUUGAAAGUCCUUAUCCUGCUUAUUGGACAUCCUUUAAUGCGUGAACAAUCGGACCGUUUGGGGGUCAACUUGAAUGAACUCCGGAGGUCAUUAAUAGUAGAAAGAAUGGAUUUUCCUUUUGCUCUCCUAUAAUAUCUGUUGUGAUUAUAAUAUUAGGUUCAUAAUUGAACAAAAAAUUCGAAAAUUGAAACAAAACCAAAUUUUAUGGUACAUUCGAGGCUGCGUAGGGAGACCAUUUUGUUGAAUUCGUCCCCGGUAGUUCGUCAGCUAUCAUUCUCGAAUAUUACGCUAGUCUAAACGUCAUGCAGAAUAUUUAUUCAGAUCAGUUUUUGGAGCGGACCUGGUGUGAUGGUUAGAACACUUGACUAUCACGCCGAGGACCUGGGAUCGAAUCCCACUCCCGACAAACUCACAAAAUGUGAGUUCUUCCUACGCAAGGGAAGUAAAGUGUGGGUCCCGAGAUGAACUAGCCUAGGGCUAAUAAUCCCGUUAAUACAGAUGAAAAAAAAUAAAUAAAAAAAAAGAGAUCAGUUUUUUUUUGUAUCUCUUCACGUUGCCUCAUUCCGGGGAAUGAGAAAGCAGUCCAACUCGUCAAGGAGGUUAACGGUGACCUGUCUAUCACAUCGAUUUCAAUUGGUAGACAACGGGUUUGGUCUCACACGACAUCUUUUCUAUAAUUGCUGUAAAAUUCCGCUAAUUAUACGCGGACGUCAAUGCAGAGAGGUUUUUUUUUUGCACAGCUACUCGAUGUCUUUAGAGGUCAGAAAACGCCAAACUACCGCUCAAGUUUUCAUAGUCAGCUCUCGCACUUCGAAGCGAAAUGUUCAAUAACAUCCAAUAUCGUUGGAAUCGUGGUCACGCUUGGAGGUCGGCGAAAAUCGAAGGAAUUCGCAGCUUCUGGUCUGAAGAAGGUCCCGGUGGCGAUGGUUUAUGGUGGAUGGAUGUAUUGAUGCUUCUCGGAGGAAUACGAGCACCCCUGACGUCAAACUGGGCCCAAGAGCGCAAGAUUCGUAUCACUUUGCAGGUUUUGUUUGCCUACACCAUUUAUGUUUUCUAUGUUCAGCUGUUCGAAGGUUUGCGCGAAAAUAAGCCGGUGUCAAUCGUUAUUAUGGAAGUGACUAAGGUUACGAGCAUCAGCAUUUCGUGCGUGAGAAUGGUGUCCCUUGCGUUGCUUGCCAAACCGAUCACCAUUUUGCGCUGUUUCAUCACGAGCAAUUCCGUCUGUUCCGGUGACGCGGAAUAUGAUGAGCGCGAGCAUCGUAAAUUCAACCAAUACGCUCGUCGAUCCAUGCAGUUCUUUUUCAGCUGGAUUGCCAUGGACACUGUGCUGUUUUCGAUCCCAACCGAGGACGAUCUGUUUAGCUUACCGCGUCCGGCAUCCUGGAUUGGGAAGAAUGCCUGGAAAGUAGUGAACACCCUGUUUGUCAGUUUGAUUCCGACGUCUGUCCUACCGAAAACUGUAGGAUGCACCGCAUGCGUUGGAGUCAUUCUGACGGGAAUGCGAACGAAACUGCGACUGGUGGCUCAUCGUCUCGAGAUGAUUUCUAAACAAUCGGUCUCGGACGAAGUACAAAAUUUCGAACGCGUGAGCCGUGAAGUGCGCGAAGCUCUGGAGCAACAUUUGGAUUAUUUGAACAAUUUCAAACUUUUGGAAAACAUGAUGGGAAAAGUAUUUUUGCUAGUUCACUAUUUUUCGGUAUUUGCCGUUGGAGCGAUGUUCUACGCCUGUCAUGAGGUACCGAUAGGUUUUAUGACACUCAUUUUCGCAGCAGCUGUAUCAUUCUUUCUACUGGAGUAUUUUUUCUUGUGUCAUUUGGUCGAUUCGUUGCAGGACGAAGCGGACGCCAUUGGACAUCACCUCUUCGAUCUUUGUGCCCAAAUACCUUUCAUACCAGAACGACGUUCCGAGUACGUCCAAAUGCGGACUACCCUGAUGAUCAUCUGGCUGAACACACGUAACCGCGUAGUCAUGAAUUGUAUGGGAAUGUUCGAAAUCAACACACCCAAAUUUGUCGCUCUGAUCAACGUUGCAUACUCGGUCUUGACGUUUUUGAUACAAAUGGGGUAAUUCUACCAAUUGUUAUGUGUUGUAUUCUGUACUGAUUGGAUUACUCAAGAUUUGAAAUAUAUGAUCACAUAAUACAUAAUAAGAUUUUCAUUUCACUUUUAUAAAGAAGAGUUAUUACCUGUUAAUAGUUAAUAGAUCUCUUCAAAUUAAACUUCAGAAGCAGAUUUUUCCGCAACAUUGGUCACUUAGUGUAUUUCAGUAAGAUGCAAAUGUCUUGCACAUAAACUUUCCCAAAUAUCUGAAACCGGUUUCGAGCUGUAAUUCUCUAUAAUAAAGAUAAGCUGAUAGCUGCGCCCAAAACUCUUCGUCAUCAAUGCAAUGUACGGUACCGACGACUGUCACGAUACAGUUUAGAUCGACUGAACCAAUCGAAUGUUGCCAUUGCAUACGCGCUGUAUCUCUAGGCAACGUUUCCGGACGAGGGCGAACUCGAUGUAGCCCCUCUAUAUUGGACUGCUGGAGUACAGUAAAAGCAGCCAUAAAACGACGCAGGCGGGAGUAUUGUCGGGUAUACGAAGCAAAGUCGAUUAUUGCGAUUCAAUGCGAAAAAUUCGCAUUAAUUUAUCCAAGAAUUCCUCUGAGAAAUCUUCUAUUGAUAAGGAUUUUUUUUGCUCGAUGGUUUCCUUCAGAAAUUACUUCAGGAAUUCGGUCUUAAAACCAACCAAAAUUUCUUUCAGAAACUCCAUCAGGGCUUGAAAUAUUCAUACAGAAAAACUUGUAGUUAGAAGACAAAGAAUGUUGCUAAUUGACAAAUUGAGGGAUGAAUUUUUGAAAAAAAUCGCGCUCUGGUGGGAUUCGAACCCACGACCCCGUAUUCGCUAGACCGGUGCUUUAACCAACUAAGCCACAGAACAGGUGAUAAUUCUGCGGAAUAGAAAGCCAAACUGAACCCGAGCCCUCACCAUGAACAUUCACUUUUUCAAGAACCAUCUCUCUUUCGGCUUAGAUGUCAAUCCACAACACAGCCUCGUUUGUGCCCAACAACUACAAGUGAGAGCGUAUUAUUUUUAUUUGAAGCCGAGACUUACUCUCGCACUCCGCAUACCUAGCCACCAAGCAGUCUGUUUGCUGGUGUCUAAUUCAGUAUGCAUCGAGAGCUCGGCACGGUCGCACGCUCCACGACCAACUGCGCCGAUGACGCAAGGUAGGGUACACUGAUAUAUGUUGCCCUUUACUGGCAUUUACCAGAUUAGCUGGUAUGUCAUAAACAUACAUACAUAUUUCAGCUUGAAAUAUUCUCUCAAUAAUGUGUUCCAUCUAAGACUCUGCCAUGGAUUACUUUAUAAAUUAUUUCUUGAAAAAUGUUUUGAAAAUCCUUAGAAAACUGGGAUUGUAUCAGAUUUUUUUCAAAGAUUUUUUCAUAAAUUCUUCCAGUGUUUUCAUUAGAUUUUUUUUCCUGAGAUUCAUUCAGAAAUUCGUACUAGUAUUUCUUUAAGAAGUCCAUCAGAGAUUUGUUCAGGAAUUAAUAUAGGGUUUCC